UUGCUCGAUCCGCACAUAAAUGGCAUAGAUCCUAUGUCCACGGUUUCGAGACGAUUAAAUUAAUUUGACUUUUCAUACGAAGAAGUGAUAAAGAGAAUCGGAAUGUCGAUGACUAAAUAGACAGUGAUUAGAGCUUAUCGCAUCUUAGGACAUUUUUGAAGACGUAGUAGAAAUAUCCCAAAAGUAAACAUGUCACCGGACCGGUCAGAAGCCAUUGAAGGUUAAUAAAACAAUAACUAAUUAAUCUUACGCUUUGAAUUUGUGUAUGUGAGAAAUAAUCUAGCAGCAUCUAGUAACAGUUAUUUCAACGAAUAGUAGUUGGAAAACGUAAGUAAACAAUUUGCAGGAAAACAGAAUUGACAGUAAAAUUUUAACCAAAGCCAUGGACACUGUCGUGGAUUUUAUUACAAUAUUUGAGAGGCUCUGGAGGGAGAGAAAUUAUAAUAGAUUAAUAGAACACUUAAAUAGUGGCCUCAGUAAUCUGCUACAUUUGUCAGCAAGUGACAGCGAUCGUAUCUUGUCAAUAUUGUUUGAUGGAAAUAGAGGCCUUUUAAGAUUCCUUAAGGAUGAAUUACAAGCCACCAGUAGUAAUAAAAGUUCCGAUAAUGCAAUUUGUGAAGCGCUUCGAUUCGUGGAGUUUAUUAUCGAACAAUUUCACAGUUCAUUUGAGCCAUACAUCAUUAAUACAAUGGAAGUCUGUAAAAUAGCAAUAUUCAGGACCAACUGUAACAUCAUGAAAAAAGGUAGCAAGGUUUUAAAAAAACUUAUACAAUUUUGUAACAGUUUUGAAUAUGGUCUAACUGACAUCAUUAAAAAAAUAUUUGAAAAGCGACACACAUUCAAAAUUAAUGAGAGAAGUGAACUGUUAUCACUAUUUGGUCCAAUGGCAAAAUACAGUCCAGAAAUUGUGUCAAGUUAUGCAGAUAAAGUUUACUCAUGGUUGAGUAAUGAUUUUUCAAUUCAGUUCAAGCAGGAUGCUGAGAUUCAAUCUAAGGAUAUCCAGACAUAUCUGGAUGUCCUUACAGAUAUGUUAGGAAACAUUUCACCUUAUAAAGAUAAUCCACAAAAGUCAACAGAGUUCUUUGAAAAAUUAUAUAAUUAUAUCAAACACAUUUGCUCCAAAGGAAAAGGUCAGAUUCAGAGAACUGCAAUUAAAUUGCUAUCGAACCACAUGUCCUCAUUUGGAGACCACGUUUUUAAUGAUUACAAAUUAUGGCAUGAAAUCAUUACAUUCAAUUUUAUACCUGAAGAGCGUAUAAAAGAAGGGAUUGGUUUUAAUGCAAUGAAAUCCUUGUACAAGACGAUAGGAAAUAUUUUGCAAUGUAAAACUUUUAACGAAGGAAUAAACACAAUCGAGUAUUUUAAAACGCACUUCUCAAAAUGUCUGACGGAUGAUGACUCUAAUUCUAUGAUGGUAUUUCUAUCAAUAUAUGGUUUUAGCCAAAUAGCUGGGCUAUACGAAAAGUUUUCUAUUGAAGAUGAUGUUACAGAGAUGUAUUCUUUAAUAGAAAAUCGAGCGAUUUUCUUUUACUUUAGAGAAGAAGAUACCACUUCCGACAUAAGUGAUAUUUUUUACUAUCAGGAAGCUUUAUCCUCAAUAUUAAGCCAUAUGCCUAAUAUAACAACAACACAAAUGAAUACGUUUACCAAGUUAUGUGUACUGUCAAUUAAACGAUUUCCCGAUUUUGAUGUAAUCGGUCAAACACUUGCAAAAAAGUCGCUGAGUACAACUCUUAGUAAUGUUGCAAAUCUCGGAGGUAGUCGUUACCGCGAAUUCUUGCACAAUCUAAUUUACAAAGGGAUCAUUUGGAGUUGUUCACGUCCCCUAUUAAUCGAUGCAGAGCUGGAGCAAGACAGAAGAAAUUUACCAGAACGUCCGAUCUGUUAUAAAAAUUACUUGCCUCUAUGGAGACACUUAUUGGAUUUAAAUCCUGAAGUACCCCUACAGACAUGCGAAAUCGUCCAGCAAGUAUCGGAUGAAGUUCUAGAAGCAUUCAUUUCAAUUAUCAACAAAUUAGACUUAAACACGAAAUUGAAGGAUGACAACGUAUUUUGGGAUGUAGCCCUUUCACAGACAGCCGAAAACGGGACGGAUUUUCGAACAUUCGUCAAUCUGGUUGACUUAUACGUAGAUAUUUUCAAGACGUGCAAACCUUCUUUAUUAGAGCCUCGACGAUAUAAGUUUUUAUUUGAGGUCAUCCGAAACUCUUACAAACGUCCACUUAUCUCGGGCUUCUACAAACUCGUGCAUGGAAUUCUUAUGAAUCAACACGAAUUCUAUAGUUCUGAUGAGUUUGACGAGAAUUCGCGGUGCUUUGAGCUAAUACACCAAUACUUGUCCUCGGUAGUGGAUCUCGUUUGUAAUUUCUCUAAUGAGUUACAAAUAACUUGCCUCUACUUGAUAUUCCACGCGCCUCUGAAAAUUGCGCAAAAAAUCAUGGACUGUACAGCUCCAAUUUUCAAAAUCGCAUUUGCAGCGGGACUGAAUAAUUUCCCCCUCGUCUUUACGGCGCUCGACACCCUAGAGAAGUGGUCCCAAUAUUUUGACAAGGUGAACACGAAAGAGUUUUUCCUUGAAAUUAUGUUCAGCAUAGAGCCAUAUCUGCAGAGCAGAGAAAGCGUCGUGGAGUUGCUGCAGGACAUCCUGAAAACGCAAAGGAAAGUCAUGAGACGGAUAACGUUCGUGCAACACGAAAUCACCCUGGAAGAGUUUCAGCGUAAGAUUUUACUCUUCUUCGGGUCCUUGCCCAGUGACAUGAUAUUGAGCUUCGUUCAUAGGGGAUCCAUGAAUACUGGAGCAACAUGGGACAGUAAAAAUUUACUGAAGUAUAAUCUGUAUUUCCCGGAUCUCAAACUGGACCUUUGUUUCGAUAAGGUGUUAAUCAGACUCGUAAAUUUGGCACUGCACGCUGGUGACAGACAUACCAAACUGGCCGCCUGUGAAGUGCUACACUCCAUGGUGGCUCUCCUGCUGGGAAACACGAAGGGUGCAAGAAGUGCGGAUCAAUUUGAGAGUCUCUAUAAGAUGUUGUAUCCAGUCCUUCUCAACCUUGGCUGUGACACCGAUGACAUGAUUCAACUGUUAUACCGUCCGCUUUUUUUGCAGUUGACCCACUGGCAAAGCUCGACAUUUAUGCUCAAAUCGCAGUCCACCGUGCACCUUGUGGAUUCCCUCUUCGAUGGCCUCUGCAGCGAGUCCAAUACUGCACUCAGAGAUUUCUCUGGAAUAUGCCUGGCAGAGUUUGUCAAAUGGUCAAUCAAACAAUCUACACACCCGCUUGAAAAUGAUCCGAAUAUUCUAGUAGUUUUGCCAAAGAUUACUAGUUACUCGCUUCAUCCAUCUACUCGCAAGCGAGUCGCAGCCGCUGUUGCAUUCAACCAUCUUUACGUUAUCCUCCGCGAAUCCGAGGAAAUAGUCAACCUCUACUGGCUCGAGUUCCUGUACUGUUUCGUUAAAAACUUGGACGGAUGUAACGAUCCGAGAAUAACCGCAGCUCUGAAUCAUGUCGAGAGGGUUUUAAAGGAGAGAACGUACAUCUUUGAUGAUAACGAUCCAAACCGAAAGAUACCUACAGAAUUCGUAGACGCUACGCUAAAAAGCGCGGUGGACUGGUUGUUUCUGCAAAUCGGAUCUCUUGAUCGAGACUGCAGGAAAAUCUGCAUGCAGUUAUGUGUAAAUAUUUCUCAACACGUGGACUAUUACGAGUCACCAAAAAUUAUGAUCGCUGAGUACAUCCAAUGUCACGGAAUGCAAGAAUUGAAUUCUUUGGUAGUCGGCGAUUUGCAUGAACAAAGUUCCUUUGUUUCCUAUGAUGAGAUGAGGUCCUUUUUAAGGAGUUUGGACUGCUACGUGUGGCUUCUUCGAAACGAUUUGAUAGACUCCAAUGUUCUCUUUGGUGAAGCUAAUUCCAAAAAGGAUGUUAUCUUCCAUUCCGUUAAGAAUUUCGCUCGAACGCUUCUGAAUGGGGACACAAAAGACUCGCCGAGAGAACGAGAAGAUUUAAAUAAACUACGGUGCAAGGUAGUCUUGACGGUGUUCGAUUUUAUACAGACGAUUCUUGAAGCUCCUGAAAAUUUACAAACUUACGUUCCUCAUUAUUUUUGGAGCGACGAACUGUUUCGUGUAAUAUUCGUUUGCCUAUUAAGUCCAAGUUUACUUGGAUUUGAUACGAAAAACUUGGACAUUGCAGAAGUACUACCCAUGCAAUUACAGGAAGUAUUACAAUCUUUGAUAAAGAAUUUGGAGGCACAACAUUUGGACAAAUUUAAAAACAUGCUAUCCGGCAGAGUAAUAAGGGAUUUUAUGGAGUACUUUGACGUGGAAAUUGUAUUAGCAACUAAUGUGAAUGUAAAAAUAAGGCAGUAUGUUAAAGGAGUUCUUUUGCUAAAAAAAUGUCAUCUCUUGGAUGUCGUCCUUCAAAAUGGACCCUAUAUGGAAAGGUUGGAAAGUGUUAUUAGAAGUGUUUUUAAUGCCUUGAGAGAAAAACGUUAUGGAAAAGAUAUUUGCGCAGAAUUGACGCCCGACGCAAAGGAAUACCUGGGAGAUCUUUUGGAGUUAAGUCUGGGAAAGAGUUCUGCAUUAAACGUGAUAAUGGAAUUAAUUAUAAACAAUAAAGAGCUUCAUGAUCACUCAGCGACCGUGUCGCAGGGAAGAUACUUUUUAAACGUAUUUAAAAAUCAGUUACUUCGGUUCAUGUUAAAAGAGAUCAGGACCACCUUGGAAGCACUGGAUAAUUUUCUUCGAACCAAUGCGAGCUGCGCCAUAAUGAUAGUAGAACAAUUAACAACUUUUGCAUUGCAGUAUAAAAAGAAUUUCGAAGAGUCUGUCGAUAUUUUAACGGAAGGAAUUAUCAGGCGAUGCACUACUAUUGAAAGAGUGAUAAAUAGUAGGCCAUAUUGCAAAGCGACGUUUGUAAGCAUCUACGGAACUGUAGUAAGACUCAUGCGCAAUCCCCUAGACGUUUUAAAUGAGAAGGGCGAUUUGUAUAUCUGGAUAGUAGGCCAAUUAAAUGAAAACUCUGAUCUCGCUCAUAAAACUGAGAUUUUACAAAAUUUCUUGAUUUGCCUGAUUGGCGAAACUGUUGAAACAAAUCCUGAAUUGUCGGUAAUAUUGAACGGAUUGAAGGGUCCCACUCAAAGAAACAGCAAGAUGGAUAUAAAAUCAAAGGAAUGUUUCUAUACCUUGCUAAAGUUGCUGCCAAUCACUAAAUCUCGGGUUAAUUUCGAAGCAGCCAUACACUUCGCCGCAAAUCACGAUAUAAGCUCACUUACUGAAGAAAUCUCCAAUUAUUUGAAACAAUACUACACUAGCAUUUCCGAGGAGAGUGCUCGCAAAUCCCUAGACGGGGCAUUCAAGAUUUUCAUGGAUUCCGAAGAUUCAACGACUCGCUUCAACGUUAGCAAUAAUUUCCUCCUGCCGUCCUUUGAAUUUUGUCAAGUGACAUCAAUCGAGCACUUCUUCGAAAAUAAUAUCAGAAAUAUAUGCGACACUAUAAACCAGCCUUUGCCUGAAAGCAUUCCCGAUCGCGACAGGCUUAUAGAAUCGAAAAUUUGUUGCUACGAUCUUGUCUCCAUUAUGUUUGCUAAGUUAUCCCUGGAUACUAUUGUCGGGAUUGACAGCGCAAUUACGAGAAAUGCAAUUGACAAUGUAAAAAACGGCAGAGAGCUCUUGCAUUCGUUGUUUUUAAACACGACAGGCGACAUAAGGAAAUUAAACAUUGUCGCUCCAAAAGUCAGGCUUCUUCAUUGUGCCGCUUUUAAUUGUGGUGUCUCGAUUAUCAGCACGAAAAACGAGGAAAAGUUUUAUGAGUAUAUCUUCGGCGAGAAUAAGAAAAAAGAUCAGCUACUCUGGCAGCGAAUCGUAGACUGCAAUAAGGAAUACAAUUUACAACAGACUCUGAAGGACAGUCUGAAGAAGAGGAAGAAACUGAUAAAUAUAAAAAAGUCAUUAAGAGCCCUGAGAGAUACAGGUCAACAAACACGAAACAAUUCCUACGUGCAAAGUUACAACCUUGCUUCGUCUUCGCUAACGGAUGAUUUGCACGAUCAUGAUCUUAAUGACUGUACAAUUCUACCUAAACCAAUCGUCAGAAAUACGGAAAGUAUGUCCCUCUGGUUCGAACGAGACGACCUGAACGAUCACGAAUGUAUGGGCUCUAUUUGUGGAGUAUUGAAUCAUAUGAUCACCAAUGACAUUACUUCUUUACCAAACGAGAGUGAAGAAGUAGCGCUACCAAAAUGGCUGGAACUUUUUCGCCAUCCUUUGACAUUUGAACACGUCAACAUCCGAAUGUUACUGUUAAAGGUAAUCUUCAAUAUGCAGACAAUCUUUAAGCCCUACGCCAAGUUAUUUUUAGGAUCCGUAAUGAGCGCAAUUAUAUGUUGCGUGAAUAAGUACAAUUUAAAUUAUGUGAUCAUGGAUCUUUUAGUGGUGUUAAUUGACUGGCACACUGUGGCCAUUCCCUCUGAAGAAAGGGAUCGUGAAUUGGCUCAAAAACUGCUUGAAAUCAUUGUAGACAAGGCAGAGGUUAAUACUCAGAACGUUUUCAAGUACAACGUGGAGAUGAUUAAAGUCUUGGUAGAAACAUGGCGCACGUGUUUGAAGGCCCCGAGCAACUUCAGGGAAAGAUUAAAAAAAUCUGAGAAGUACGGUAUACAGCUUGCCUCGAUUUGCCUGUCUAAUGGACUCGAAAUUGAGCCCGAAGUCAAAUCAGAAAUUCUUGAAACCUCGCUCGUGUCCUUGCAUCAAGCCAAAGAUGAAGAGACUGCAUUGCGAAUCUGCGAUAUUCUCGGGUUGUUCCUUGCAACAUGUGAAACUGAAAACGACAGAGAUGUUAUCCUGCAGCGCAUUCAAUCCUUCCUGCAGACGCUGCAAACUAAGAAUGAGAAUAAACUCGUAAAAUGUGUCAGUAUUAUCUCUAAACGAUAUCCACGCAUUGUAGAAAAUAGUCUCCACCUCGUUCUGUCGAAUUUCUCACGGAUGAACCAAUUUGGAAAGGCUCAGUGCUGGGAAAUAUUUUCUUUGGCGUUGUCGAAUUCCUCCCUCACGGCCGAGCAGAUUACCUUGGAGCUGGAGUCGAAGGAAUUUGGGAAGAUAUUUCAGAAUAAAAUUCUCCUUUGCGAGAAGGUCGGUAUUCAAAUCAUGGACAAGUUGGUGGAAAUCCUGCGGCCAGGAAAGCUCCUGGAACUGGCCAGUUGGAUAGACCUGAAAUCGAAGAAUGAUUCCGAGUUCAGAGAGAGCGCUUACGGUGUGUUCAUUAAAAUCUACAAGAGGUACGUGGAAGAUAUUUCCGAGGACGACGAUGUUCGUCAACUGCUGGACCUGGCCAGAAAGGAGCUCAUCUCCGGAUUGCUCGAUCCAGCCGAAAAUUUACAAGAGAAAAUCCUUCGAUUUUGGUCAGAAGAGACUCAAUUGGGUGAGCGCUGCGGCGAAAGACUUCUCAAUAUCUUGAAUGUUUACUCACCUACCGUAGACGCAAACUUUUUGCCGUUGUUACCUUUAGCCAUGCUACAGUUAGCCAGCAAAUCAAUCGAUUUCGAAAGAAGUAUGUUUAGUCCCUUGGAAAAUUGCACAUAUACUGAAUAUACAAUUUCCAGUUCUUGGAGGCUAAAGAACAUGAGUUCGGUAACGCCUUUCUUCGCACCUUCUCUGGCGAGCCAGUUAAAUCAAACGCUGUUUAGUUCAUCUAUUCAAGAGACGCAAACUCGAUCGAGCGACAUCUCUUUUGAUAUGCCAAGUCGGAACUUUGGAGAUGAUUUACAAGCGACACAAUCCCUACAAUUUGAACCUACAUUUCUAAGUAAUGUCAGUUUUGAUGUUUCCUCGGGAGAACAAGAAAGUGUCUUCAAGGUACCGAAAGUGCCUGACCCUGCGAACAAUAAAACGUCCAGAAGAAUUGUCACUCAUUCAAGCGAUACGUAUCGACGUUUCGAAAUGAAGAAAAACAUACAAAGAUCCGAAAUGCUGCGAGACGAGGGGCGCAGACAAAGAAGCAGCGUAAAACUGUACAGGAAGUACAGGACUGGAGAUUUCCCCGAUAUAGAAAUUAAGAACUCGAGUCUCCUGAAACCACUCGAGAAGCUCAUCAAACAGGACCAGUUAAUCUGCAAAGAUUUUACAGUGUUAUUGAUCUGUUCUUUGUUGGAGACAAUGAGUGCAGCUAAAAAUUCCGACGAAUAUUCGAAAAAGGUCUUUGACGGUCUAAGAUCCACCUUGAAUCAUUGCCAAAGUAACAGUUCGGUUGCUGCGACGAUUUUAGAAAUAAUGUUCCAUUUCCACGUCCACGAAUUUGAUUUGGACACUUUGUCGAGGGUGUCCAAGAACUGUGAGUUGUUGCAUUUGGGAGCUCUUCUUUUAGAGGAAAGAUUGAUUUACGGAUCGGAGGGUUGUGCAUCACCGAUAAAAAAAUGUCGCAAGAAUGAUACUGAUAAUUCAUCGGCGAAUGAAUGGGUCUUAUUAGCGGGUCUUUACGAGUCGUUGAGCGAAGCGGAUGUUGUCCUUAGUAUAUUUGGCAAACAUGUAUCCAGCGCUGUUAUACGGGAGGCAUCGAUAUUGCGCACAGCAUCGGAAUGGAAGAGAGCUUGCGAUCAAUAUAAGAUUGCAGCUGAGAGUUCCACAGGAGCGAUCAUGGAGCAUUGUGUAGAAGGCUACUACGAAUGUCUAAGUCAUCUCUCCUCGUGGGAUCAAAUCAGCGAUGAUAUUAACAGGAAGCUUAACGGCAAUUAUGAUGUUAUCUGGGACGACACGUGGCACGAAACGUGGAUUACUCCAUGGAUUUACAGAGUUCAUUCGCAAUUGGUGUUGGACUUCAAACCCGAUGAGUCGUUCGUAAAGGCGUUGGAUAGUUGGCUGAAGGACAAGAUAAAAUUGGCUCGCAUAAAGAAGUCCUUCGGCGAAGAAGUGGCGAUAUUCAUGGUGGACGACAAUCCGAUGAUCGCUCGAGACUUUUUGGAAAGUAAUCUGGAUGACGUAAGAGAACAGUGGAUGCGUUUGCUCCCUCUUGCCUCCAACCAGCGAGUCCGCAAGCUGCGGAAAUUACAGAGUAUAAAGAACGUACACGCUUCCUUGCAAAUUUCAAAAUUAAUGGAAGAUCUCAGCUGCGUGAGCGAAUUGCUGGAAUAUUGGAAACGGAACGUGCCAUCCAGUCAAGAUGAUCCACUUCUGUGGGAUUCCACAGUAGCUUACAGGCUCUAUUUUGCUGAAUGCCUGAGAGAAAAAUUGGAAAAUCCUGUUGAGAACAGAGAAUUGGUAGAUGCUUUGAAUAAUACGUGUCUUCAACAGAGGUUGAACGUUAUCGAAACAGCCUUGAAUCAGAGAAACGUGCACAUUGCAAAAAAACACAUCGAUGAAGUGAAUAUCCAGGAACUCUCAGAAGAUAUAAAAAAGCAGUUUAAGUUAGUCAAGGCAAAAUACAAAUACUCUUUCGCGGAUCUGGUAGAGGACAAGAGCAAAAAAGCGAAGCUGCUUCUCUCGUCCUGGGAAUUAUCCUGCAAUCUGUUAAAAGACAGCUUUUGCGAACCUGCAGUCAAAGUCACCGCCAUGCAACAUCUGAGCAAACUGUCGUCCACGCUGAUUACAUUGUGCCAGAAGGACGAAGAAUUUUGCGGCAAUAUAAAUGAAAGCAGCGUCAUCAAAACUACCUUAGCAGAGCAAUCGAGUGAUUCCGGAAAUGUGGUCGACGGCCUAAAAACUUAUGAACUUUUUAAUUUGAAACUCUGUUGCGGCAUUGCGACCAGCAAAGAAAGGGCUGACUGUUACUUCAGACUGUCCAAACACUGCUACGACAGACUAGUUAACGAAGAGUCCAACAUUCAAUUGUCGAGGGAAUUUGUUCGGUCUACGCUUAAAGCGAUGAGUUACGAAUCUCGAGAGGCAACUCAAUAUUUCCCUUGUUUACUGAAUUCUGAAUAUUUGGACGACAGCGAGACCAAAAUAAUAUUCCAGACAGGCGUCGAAGCAGUCGAAACAUGGCUUUUCCUCGCGUGGCAGGCACAACUUCUGUCCUACCUUGGAACGCCAAUCGCGUGCUUAAUUAUUCCCAUCGUCAAAAGAAUAGCCGAAACCUAUCCAAACGCUAUAAUAUUUUCUUUCCGCGUAACCAUCGAGUCAAAUCCCAUUCUUUUGCGGGAUCCCGAAGUAAAAGGUAUUCAGAGUAUCCUUUCGAGAAGCUUGGAUGUUGAAAAUUUCCUUGAGGCAAUGCACUACCUCGUGCAGCCUGAACUUUAUCUGGUAUACUGCUUUAACGAAAUGGAAAAGGAUUUGGCGAGGGAUAAAAAUGCAGCUGUAGAAUCUCUAUUAAAGAAGUGCUACCCUGCUGACAGGGGGAGUAAAACUGCUCCAAUUCGAAGCGCUAUUCAUUGUAGAAUUAAAUGUACUGAGAUUGAAGACAUAAAAAGAAAAACAGGCGACGAGUUGGUGAAACAUUUACUUCUCUUGAAGGGGAAAAUAAAUGGUGAAAAGGACCGUUUAAUGAACAAGCCAAUAGGCCCGAAGUUGACUAAACUGAAGAACUACAGUUCUUGGUUGUAUGCGUACAGUGGUGGAGAAAUCGAGGUUCCUGGACAAUAUUCCGGAGAUAGAAGGCCUUUGCCAAAAUAUCACGCCAAAAUCAUGAAAUUUGAAUCCUCGGUAAAGAUUAUGGAUUCUAAACAGAGACCAAUGAAAAUCACCAUAAUCGGGAACGACGCCAAAAAUUACGAUUUUUUGGUUAAAUUCGGAGAAGAUUUACGGUUGGAUCAGAGGAUAGAACAGAUCUUUACGAUUAUGAACGGAAUCCUACAAGGAGAUGCGAUUUGUAGACAGCGACAACUGUUCAUCGAUACGUAUCAGGUCAUUCCACUUUCGAAUCAUUUAGGCCUCAUACAAUGGGUGAACGAUACGAAGUCUCUGCAAGAAUUUAUUUACUUUACCCUCGAUAAUGCAAAACGGACCGAAUAUAAAAAUCUGCAAAAAGAGUAUUUCGACUGGAUUUGUAAUGCUGCCCCUCGAGCUAAUUGUAAACAAUACGAAUGUUACAAGGAAGCUACAGUGAAAUACAGUGCCCAAAAGGUCGCUCUAAAAAUGUCUGUACUCAGAUCUAAGACCAAAUGGGAUUCACUACGCCAAACUUUUUUAAAACUUAGCACUUCUCCCGAGAGUUUUCUGGCACUGCGGCAUAAUUUUAUAACGACUUAUGCCACAAUGUGCAUUGCUCAUUGGAUUCUAGGAAUUGGGGAUCGACAUCUAAGUAAUACUCUGGUUUCCGUGAAAUCAGGAAGAUGUCUGGGCAUAGACUUCGGCUUAGCAUUUGGAACUGGAGUGGACUUACACAUUCCAGAACUUACACCAUUCAGACUGACACCUCAAAUUCUUGGAUUAUUACAGCCUUACAGCGAAAUGGAUUUACUAGGGACAACAAUGAUCCACGUUUUACGAGCGAUAAGAAAUGGGAAGGGGCCUUUGAUCGCAUGCCUGGAUGUUUUUGUAAACGAACCUCUGAACUGGGUAGAACGUGUGAACAAAUUAUCCAAAGAGUAUCAACAGGAAAUUACUGACUUAAAGUGGCUACCAAAAGAGCAGAUGCGAUCACGUAUGGUUAUACAAAAAUUAAAUGGUGCAAAGCCGUCGUUCAUCACUGUGGAACAAUUGAACAAGUGUCACAACGAUAAGUAUUUUCCAAGAUAUAAGGAGAUCGUGGAAGGUACAGAGGAAGGCCAGAAAAGAAUUCGGGCAUCGAUGGGAAACGAAUGUUUAUCACCAGAAGAGCAGGUUGCUUGCUUAUUGGAUCAAGCAAUCGACCCGAACAUUUUAGGUAGAACAUACGUAGGCUGGACUCCAUGGCUGUAAGGAACUAUUUUGUAUUAAUUUUUUAUACUACAUGUUUUUAAUAAAUGAUUGGCUCCGUUUUAUUAAAUAAUAAUAAAAACGUUGCGUGAUACAUUCCUGCC